AUGCCAAUAUCAUUAGGUGACUUGUCAAGUAUUGGAAUAGGAAUGUAUAGAAUGUGUUUAAAUAAUCAAGAAAAUGAAAAGGCUCUGAUCAAAGCAUUAACAAAACACAUUAAUAAUAAUCACAAUACUAAUGACAAUAAAAUCAUUAAUGUUAUUGAUACAUCAACAAAUUAUUGUGAUGGAGGAAGCGAAGAAUUAAUUGGUAAGGUGUUAUCAAGUCAUGACAAGAAAAUAUUGAGUCGAGAUGAAAUUUGUAUUGCUUCGAAAUUUGGUUAUUGCCAAGGCAAAAACCUUGCAUUAUAUCACAGUGGACAUUUCAAGAAUAUACCUAAUGAUCAUAUAGUUCAAUACAGUCAUAACUGUUAUCAUUGUAUUCAUCCGAUAUUUAUGAGAGACCAAUUAAACAGAACUUUAAAUCGUUUACGAACUAAAUAUAUUGAUAUUUGGUUUAUUCAUAAUCCCGAAAAAAGAAAAGAGAAGGCGACAAUUAAGAGAGCAGUUGAUGUUAUUUAUGAUAUAUUGGAAAUUGAGUCAGAAAUCAUUUCUUUACAAUGGCGUGACCAAGUUUUAUCAUUUGUUGAAGACCCAUUCCAUCGAAAAAAACUGUGGGAUGAAGUUGAGAACAUGAUUCGUAAAAAUCCAUUAGUUCGAUUAAGUAAUACUACUUAUGAAGGUUCAAGCACCUAUUCAUUGGAAUGGGUGGGACAUAAAGAUACAUAUAAUGCAACAACAACAAUAAAUUGA